GUCAAAUUGAGAUGUCUGAUUUGGAUGCCACAAUUAAGAGGGAGCUAACAAUGCCAACUCUUGCCAUAGAUGGAGGCCGUUAUUCCUUGAUUUUUUUCUCUAGUUUUUUUUUCUCUCGUUUUGCCAUGGCCGAGGACGGGAGGGUUCGAAUCGAGAAGUUCAACGGUACUGAUUUUGCAUGGUGGAAAAUGCAAAUAGAGGCGUUGCUUGGUGAGUGCGAUUUGGACAUGGUACUGGAAGAGAAACUGGAUGGAAUGGUAAAGGCUGCUGAAGCAAUUUGGGACUCAAAGGACAAAAAGGCAAGAGGUAAAAUUACACUAGCUUUGACGAGGAGUGUGGCGUUUAAUAUCAUGAAGGAAACAACUGCUCGUGGAAACUUGAAGUUUGAUCGGAUACGGGAUAGUGUUUUGGGUGAAGACAUUCGUCGGAGGAACGCUAGUGGAGGAUUUACUUCUGGGUUACUCAGUGUUAGCAGGGGAAGAGGUAAUAACAGAAACAGUGGGAGUCGUGGGAAGAGCUCGUCUAAGGCUGGAAAGAAUGUGGUGUGCUGGGUCUGCAAAGAAGUUGGGCAUGUCAAGAGUCAAUGCCCAAACAAGAAAAACGAAAUUAGCGCAGUUGUUGGGAAUGCAUCUGAUGAUGAUAGUGAUGCAUUGAUACUCAGCAUGGAAAGCUAUGUUGACUCUUGGGUCAUGGAUUCUGGUGCUUCGUUUCACGCCAUGCACAGCGGUGAGGCGAUGGUGAAUCUCAAAAAGGGAGACUUUGGAAAGGUAAAGUUGGGUAACGGGAAAAUCCUUAAAGUGACAGGCAUGGGAGAUAUUGAUCUAAAAACUUCAUUUGGAACUACUUGGAGCUUACAAAAUGUCAGGGUGAUUCCAAGACUGAAGACAAAGUUGAUCUCAGGGUUUCGUGAUAGUGGGAGCAUGGGACGUGUUCCGAGUACAGUUCUGAAACGUCGUUGGGUUUUGAGGACCAAGAAUCCGAACGUUAAAAUCUCUCCUGGGAAUAGUUUGCUGGAUUUGGAGAGUGGUAAUGGUCCUCGGUGUAUCUCUGGACCCGGUGGAUUGUGCAAGCCGGUUGAGACAGGUGGCGGAUACAGUCACGACUGGGUUGGAGCUCGGUGGAGCUUCAACUGUCCUUUCAGGUUAUUAAUGAAGGGGGUGGUUGCAACUAGGGGAUAUAACUGGAGUCUUAGCUUGUUCUUGGGAACUGGAGGCUUGGAGGACUUGACAGUGAAGACUAAUGUGUUACUCAUGAUGGGUUUACUUGGAUGGCAUUUGUGUCUAUGCGAAAUCCUUCAAGUGGGAGAUUGUUGGGUUAUUCAGUGAAGGCUUUAGAGCUUUGGGCUUUAAGCCUGGUCGGUUAAAGGGAAGAAAUAUGGGGGGCCGGUUUUAGUUAUUAAUUAAAGGGCCCAUUUGUUGUUUCUUGUUUAGCAAGUUGUUAACCCUAAUUUAUAUCUUAUAAAUACCCAAUCAUGUAACUAUAAUCUGUGAGCACCUAAUAAAAGAUAAACCCUAGU